CAGUUGGUUGACAGCAGCAAUAAAGCGUAAACAAACGAUGCCGGCUAUUUGUGCGUUCCUUCCGAAAAAGUUUGUGCUAGGCGCGGCUACAGCCUCCCUAAAACAGUUUCCACUGCUGCAGUCCGCAACUUACGGCCUCAAAAUUAACUACUCCAAAUUCCAUGGCUCGAUGUCGCUGUCCGCGAUGUCGAAGCCCAUCCUGUACUCGUACUGGCGCAGUUCGUGUUCCUGGCGAGUGCGCAUUGCGCUAAACCUGAAGGAGAUUCCGUACGACAUCAAGCCGAUCAGUUUAAUCAAGUCCGGAGGCGAACAGCACUGCAAUGAGUAUCGGGAGGUGAACCCCAUGGAACAAGUUCCGGCACUGCAAAUCGAUGGCCACACGCUCAUCGAAUCGCUCUCGAUUAUGUACUACCUGGAGGAGACGCGUCCUCAACGCCCGCUCAUGCCGCAGGACGUGUUGAAACGUGCCAAAGUACGGGAAAUCUGCGAGGUCGUCGCAUCCGGUGUUCAGCCGCUGCAAAAUCUGAUCGUGCUUAUCCAUGUGGGCGAAGAAAAGAAGAAGGAAUGGGCACAGCAUUGGAUAACGCGCGGUUUCCGAGCGAUCGAGAAGCUGCUCUCGACGUCGGCGGGCAAGUUCUGUGUGGGCGAUGAGAUCACCCUGGCCGACUGUUGUCUCGUGCCGCAGGUAUUCAAUGCACGUCGCUUCCAUGUCGAUUUGCGCCCGUAUCCAAUCAUUUUGCGUAUCGAUCGUGAGCUUGAAGGGCAUCCCGCCUUUCGGGCCGCCCAUCCAUCCAAUCAACCGGAUUGUCCUCCGGAAGCGGCCAAAUAGGUUGCCAAAGUUCGCGAUCACCAUGCCCGAUCGAUAACCGACGCAUUCGCAUUCCCAUUUUCGCUGAUGUCCGAUGUCCUGAGUAUGUAUGCAAUGCAGCCCGGAAGCACAAAUCAAUCACUCUCAUCCCACCUUUGUCUCUAAAUACCUCCAAAAUUCUAACCUAGCAGGAGACAUUAUUUCGAUGUUUGAAUUUGAAAUGAAUGUUUAGUCCCGAUGGCCAUAAGCGCUCGAUACAACCAAUCUAGUCCAGGAAGAAGAAGAAGAACAUAUAUUGUCGUAUUUAGACGAUGUCAGAUGCCAUUUACGAGUAAUAAGGACAAAAUAGAUGCAAAUGUUAUUUACACAAGAACGGGACGAAGAACGUAUACAGGAUACAGUAAGUAGAAACUCACAAAACAUGGCGAUGCUCCAUAUCAUUUGACGUCAAAAGCAGCGAGCAGUAGCAUGAAGCGAGUGACCCACAAUUAUUGAACGAAAGCAAAAUCAGUAUACAAAAUCAGUUACCACAAUAGAACGAAGGAAUGUUGAGGGUAGAAAUGGUUCUGACCGUUCGCUUCUAAAGUGAGAAUGGCCUGGCAGAGAGAAACAAUCUUUUACUUUAAGUUGUGCGCAAAGCGAUGGCUUAGAUAUCGUUCAGACCCCUUCUUAUCUUAACCACUUAUUACAUUAUCUAUGCUUUCAUAAUCGCCAACCAUGUGCAUUGCAUCAGAUUAUUCAAUACGCACAUUGAACGCCAACAAAACGAAACAAUCAAUCGAACGUUUGCCUAACGGCAAGAUGACGAAUCACGCGCAAAAAGGUGAUAAGACAUCUAUAAAACAAAACUAUUUUCUCUAUGGUGAUUUGCAUUGAUUUCUAUUUCUUGCUUAAGUCCUUAUUACAGAAAAAAGGAUCCCUUUACUAGAAUCUAAGCUGAAAAAGCAUCUCGUUUAAUUAAGAACGAUUGUGUGUGUUACCUUUAUGAUUUACUUUGAACAAAAAAUGGUGUGCUUUUUUUAACUACCUUUUCAUGGUAUAAUGCUUCCCAA